CGCGGGCAGCUGCAGCACGUUAGGUUGCGGUGCGGGCUGGGGGCAGCUGCAGCACGUUAGGUUGCGGUGCGGGCUGGAGCGCGCUGACACCGGCAGAGGCGGCAAAAACAAGAGGAGCGAGGUGAAUGUCCGCAGAUUCUACCCAGCCCGUUGCAAAUUCCAGCAAUUUUUAUAUCUGUUUGUCAGCAACACGGUUUUGCAAGUGACAGUGUGCGGAUAACCAUUCAUUCUUGUGGCUGAAGCAGCUGACCUGAUGUAUCCGGAAUCCACUACAGACUCACCAGCUCGACUUUCCCUAAGGCACACAGGUUCUCCGGGCAUGAUUUACAGUGCCCGAUAUGGGAGUCCAAAACGGCAGUUGCAGUUUUACAGAAACCUUGGAAAAUCAGGACUAAGGGUAUCCUGUCUUGGCCUAGGAACAUGGGUUACCUUUGGAGGACAGAUCACCGAUGAGAUGGCUGAACAGCUAAUGACACUGGCCUAUGAGAAUGGAAUAAACCUCUUUGACACAGCAGAGGUUUAUGCAGCUGGCAAGGCAGAAAUUGUAUUGGGGAACAUUAUCAAGAAGAAAGGAUGGAGACGUUCCAGCCUUGUCAUCACAACCAAAAUCUUCUGGGGUGGAAAAGCGGAGACUGAGAGAGGACUCUCCCGAAAGCACAUUAUAGAAGGACUGAAAGCUUCACUUGAGCGGUUACAGUUGGAGUAUGUGGAUGUGGUAUUUGCUAAUAGGCCAGACCCAAACACACCCAUGGAAGGGGAUCCAUUUAGUUCUUCAAAGUCAAGAACAUUCAUCAUUGAAGAAACAGUGAGAGCAAUGACGCAUGUGAUUAACCAAGGAAUGGCCAUGUACUGGGGGACAUCGCGUUGGAGUGCGAUGGAAAUCAUGGAGGCUUACUCAGUGGCUCGUCAAUUUAACCUCAUCCCCCCAAUAUGUGAACAAGCUGAAUAUCACCUCUUCCAAAGAGAGAAAGUCGAAGUGCAGCUUCCAGAGCUCUUCCAUAAGAUCGGUGUUGGUGCAAUGACUUGGUCUCCUUUGGCAUGUGGCAUUAUUUCUGGAAAGUAUGAUGCAGGUGUUCCUCCUUACUCUCGAGCUUCUUUAAAGGGUUACCAAUGGUUAAAGGAUAAGAUUCUGACCGAGGAAGGCAGGCGGCAGCAAGGGAAACUAAAAGAACUCCAGGGCAUUGCAGAGCGACUGAGUUGCACCCUUCCUCAGUUAGCAAUAGCCUGGUGUUUAAGAAAUGAAGGUGUUAGCUCUGUCCUGGUAGGAGCUUCUAACACUGAACAACUUUUGGAAAACAUUGGAGCAAUACAGGUUCUUCCAAAGUUAUCCUCAUCAAUUGUUCAUGAGAUCGAUAGUAUCCUGGGAAACAAGCCAUACAGCAAAAAGGAUUAUCGAUCCUAAUAAGGAAUUGCAAUUAUUCUGGACUGUUAUCAUUUCAAAAGCAAACUUCUUUGCCUGCUCAAGCUAUAACUGAAUCUAAUAUCAGUACGCUUCUGAUGAAGGAAUUAAACUUCAAGUUCCUGAUGCAACAGAAAAGGAUCAAAAAGGAAAAAAAAAAGAGCCACAAACCAGUGCUGGCAAGGCAUAGCUGGUUCCGUGGACUGCCUGUUACCUUUGCUAAUUUUUUUAUUUUAUUUUUUCCUGGAAUUCCAAAAUGUCACAGAUUUGAUUGGUUUGCCGUGAUGCCAUAACUUUUCUGCACUCAUUAUUUUAAAGAGCUACUGCUGGAUAUCGCAUUUGGUUGAUCAAGAAUAUAAUCUAUGGCACUCUGCUGGAAACUGCCUAGAGCAGGUUUGACUGUAAUCUAACUGCUUCAUAGGAUACCAAUUCAACAAGGAUUGCCCAACCCCCCAAAAUAAGUGCUGUGGGGUUCCAAAGCUGCACACUUCUGUGUAUGUUAUAUACAUCCAAUUGGCCCUAGGCUCAGAGACUUCUCGGAAGGCAUCUCUGAUGCCUACACCUAUUAACUGCUGGAGAUGUUCAUUUGAAGAAAUAGAAUAAACUUAUACUGUAACAUAAUCUUAUGGCACAAUGGAAUAUUGUGGCCAGGCAACCGGCUGUAUAUAUGCAACGAUAACAAUGUGAUCAUUAUUGCAAGAAUCAGAAUUUAGUUCUACCUGUCAAAAACGUGUAGGACUGUAGAUAUAAAAAAAUAAGCAGUGGCUCUUGACUGAACUAUGCAUGAAUCUAUUAUAAUCAGGAUCCGUGUGAAUGUAUAUGCUGCUGACUAUGUAAAUGCUAUCACUCCAUGGGCUGGUUUGACAAAAUCAUACAAUAAAGAUAUUGGAUAGAUUGGGAAUUGAA